AUGUCCGGCAACAUUAAGCAAUUUAAACCGGUUAUUAUAACCUAUAGGGAAAAGUUUACUAAAAACUUUGGCGAGUACUUUAACCGCUUCGCUUUUAACGGCAAAAUCUCGGCUUUCGCCUUCAUUUCCGGCACUAGCAUGCCCGCUUGGCGAUAG